AUGUCUCAAAGACUUUUAAGAAAAUCAAGAACUAAUUAGAAUGAUUAAAGUCAGUGUUAAAGUUAAGGUCAUGCUUCCCCAAUCUUGAUAGAUGAGCAAAUGAGAAAUUUUAAAAUUGAAUUCUCUGACUUAUCAAGAAAAAGAUUGAGUGACAGUGGAGAAGUCAAAGAUCCAACAAUUUAUAGUUAACGAAAAUCUAGACUUUCUUAAUUUUCUCAAAUCAACAAUCGAUAAAGAGAUUUAAGUGAACACAACCCAAGCCUACCAUAAUAUACAAGUGCAACAAAAUAAUAUUAUUAAUUAAAAUGGAAAGAAUUAAAUGGUUUACCUAAGCAUACUGAUUUAUAAUAAAUUAUCAAAACAUUUCUAUAGAAACUGAAAAGAAAUGCUAAUAUAAUGGAAUAACCUAUUACUAAUACUUAUUUCAAAGAAAAUUACUUAAAGGAAGAGGUGUAAUUCUAACCUUCCUAUCUUUUACAUUUGAGACAAUUUUUUUAAUAUAUAAGAUUGAUUUCAUAUAUUUUAGUUCCAUUGUAAGCUGGAACAAAUUCAGUGUAGUUAUGGGUUUUAGGUUUUAUUCUCUUAUUUUUACUUAUUGAAUAAGUUGAUUAAAUAUUUAAAAUAAAAUUAGAGAAAUUGAAUAUCACUUGCAAUUUUGUUUAUAUUGCAAGUACUUUAUUAAUAAAUUUUGAUUUUAGUAAUACAGGUAAAUUAAUAUUAUUACUCUUAUUAUUGAGUGGGAUUAAAUAUUAAUUCCAUUGGAAUACAAUUACAUUCUCAUUAAUUUUAUUGAUCUAUAUCAAUUAUAUUGCUAAUCUUUGGUUAUUAAUAUAAAAUGAUGAGUUCAGUUACAUUGAAUCAGUAAUUUGGACAAUGAAUAAUUGUGUAUAAUAUUAACUAUAAUUAGAAAGUUACCAUUUCAUAAUAUUGAGUCACAUAAUUAAACUAAUUAGAUAUAUACUAUAAUUUUCUAAAUUGCAUCUUACUAUUUUUAAAUGAUAUUUUUAUCUUCAUUCAUAAAAUUUCUAUUCUCCUAAAAUGAGUAUUAUUGUAAGUUAAUUUUAGAAUGAAGAUGUUUAUAGACUUUUUAGAGAAUAAUAAGGUUGAUUUAAAAAUUAUAUAAGAUACAAGGGAAGUAUUGAAGGAAAAUUAAUAUUCAACUACAUUAUCAACUGUAAUUAAAAAUUAAAUUUAAAUUAGGUUAAUAAUUUGAUGUAAUCACUACCAAUAAAUUUAACGAAACCUUUAUUUUUUUUAAUGAAGAGUAAAAAAUUAUAAGAGAUUAGUUUUUUUAAAUAAUAUUUUUCUAAAUAAUCUUUGGAUGAAAUUGGAUAUGAAUCAAAUCUAAAAUUCUAUAAAACUAAUGAUAUAAUUGUAGAGAAAGGUCAAUUAGAUGAAUAUAUUUAUGUAGUACUUUAAGGUGAAAUAGGAAUUUAUGAUAAAAAUAUUUAUUUGUAAUGUUUACCAAACAAUUAAGCUAUUGGAAUAGAAAAUUUACUUAUGAGUCAAGGACAUAAUUUAACAAUGAGAAGUAAGGGAAAUUCUAUACUUAUUUAAAUAAAACAUUCAUUAUUUUUAGAUACUAUAAAAAAGAUUAAUAAUGAUUUAGAAACACUUCAUUCAAUAAAAAAUGAAGUGUUAUUUAUGAAUAAAAUAGAAUUAUUAUUAUAAAAUUGUUAUGUUUGUGGAUCAUAAUAUCAUUUAAGUUCUGGAUGUAAUAAAGUUCAUUCAGUUUUAAACAAAAGUAUUGUUAUAAGUAGAUAUUUAUAUUCAAUUCCAUAAAAAAGAGAGAAAUAUGAAAGAAAAUGGGAUUGGAGAGUGAAUUCAUUAUACAAUUUUAAAUUAGUAAGAAGUUGUGGAAGGAGAUUGAAAAGGAAUUAUGGAUUUAUGUUUUAAGAACCAGAAAUUAAUAAUAGAAUAGAUUAUUAUGAUGAAGAAGAAGAAGAGGAAGAUGAAGAUGAGAAUGAUGAUGAAAUAUAAUUAGGAAGAUAAUCAUAUAAAGAUUUGACCAAUCCAUCAAGAGUAUAUAAUUUAUAUAUAAAUAGAAAAGUGUUGAAAUGGUUUCAGGUUAAACUUUAAGGGACAUUAUCUAUCAUGAUCAUAUUGAUAAUGAAGAAUAAUUAUAAUAUUAUUAAUAAUAAUGGUAAUAAUAAUAAUAAUAAGAAAUAAAUAGACAUUAAAUCAAUAAAUAAACAUUACAAACUGCUGGAUUUCAAACAAAUGAUGAUUUAUAUUUUGGAGAUUCUAUUAAUAUUCCAUUAUAACAUAAAUAAUUUACUUAAAAUAGUAAUACUUUUAGAUCAUCAAGUGGAUAAAACACUUAUUAAAGUUAGAAAAGUUAAUAAUUAAAAUAAUAAUAAUAAUAAUAAACACAAUAAUAAACACAAUAAUCAUUAUAUUAAUCUAAAACUUAUGUUUAAAGUCCUCUUGGAACAAAUCAACUAUUAGUUAGUAGUAAUAGAAAUGCUUAACCUAAAUUAACAUUUUCUUAUGAUCCAUUCUAUCAUGAAUAAAAUUAGAAAUAAGUAUUAGCUGCUCCAUAGCCUGAAUAUUAGGCAAUGGCAAGACCAUAAUAUAGAUCAUCUACUAAUUAUGUACCAAGUGUAUAAAAUCAAUUGCCUAUAGUAUCAGAAGAGAGCAAUUCCUUAUUAAAUAUUCCAAUAGCAAAUAAUCCAUAUCAAUCUGCCAUGUCUAUUAGUUCUGUAGGUAUGUCAAGCAUUGAUGAAGUGCAAAGAAGAGAAGGAUAAAAUAAUACAUAUACUGGUGUUAGGAGAACAACUUAAAAAUAAACUAAUACAGUGUCAAGUGUCAUUAGUCCUGAUAUAAAGAAAAAGUCAAUUUCAGCAUCAAAUUCUAGAUCAUAUUCAGCUUUGUCUUCUAGAUAAAAUUAACACUAUAGUGAUUUAGAUAAUAUCUUAUAUAAAUAAGAUCUUAAAGAUAAUUUUGAUAUUGAUUAAAUUGGAAUAUAUUAAUAGUUUAAACCUUAGAAUAAUUAUGAUUGUGUUGUUAAUUAAAUAAAAAUAUAAUCAAAGAAACUUAUAAAGAAAAAGAAACUCAAAUGA